UCAACACAAACGCCGACCGACCGACUCAGAGCAGCGAAGGUCUCAGAGCCGAAGAACCAACUGCAGCCAGUUCAUAUAAAAAUAAGAUUUGGACUCAUUCGAUACGGCGGGAUGCUUAUGAAAGUGUAGUUUCCGUGUUUGUUGGUGUCGACGGAGCUGAUAGAAGUCAAAAAAUACAAUUAAAAGAAACUCGGGGAGCCCCGUAAUUCGGGGUUGAACUCUUCACCCCUUUUCCCUGCCAGAAUCAGUUGGGCAAGGAGAAAUCAAGUCAAAAUGGAGAAUCUGCACCCCCACUGCCUUAAAUGCAUCAACAGAAGAUGCAUGGUAAGACCAGAGACCGGUGUUUCCUGCGACCUCAUUGGCUGCCCCCUUGUCUGUGGGGCAGUUUUCCACUCGUGCAAGCUAGAGGAACAUCGUUUACUGUGUCCGUAUGAACGGCUGCCAUGCCUAAACAGUGGGUUUGGCUGCCCGUUCUCUAUCGCAAGGAUCAAGAUGGCACAACACCUUGAGACUUGCCCAGCAAGUAUAGUGUGUUGUACUAUGGAGUGGAACCGCUGGCCCGUGAGCUACGCCGAUCGCAAGUCCUAUGAAAACUUGAGCAAAGACUUUGAUGAGGUGGAGCAGCUAGACAUGGCCCUGGCCCUGCAGGAUCAGAGGAUGCUAUUAGAGUCCCUGAAAGUCACGACCACUGUGUCAAAGAACGGAGAUAAGGAAGUGGAUGAAAGUGACAAAAUGGCCACAGCAUCAAGUGUAACAGAGACAGUGUUGGGUAAUGGAACAAUGGAAAUGGAAGAGGAGCCUUAUAACGAGUUGUAUAGGGCCUCAGUGGAGACAAGUAGAAGUUUAGCAGCAGCCUUGGACAUUCUCACUAAUUCUAAGGAUAUUGAAGUAAUUGUUGGAAAUUUGAAUGGGGAAAAGACAGAUAAGAACGGCGAACUCCACAAUGGGGAAAAUGGUGACUGUCACACUGAUUAUGUUGCUGAAGGUGGAAAGAAUGUAGAUAUGCAAGAGAGUGACUCUGAUUCAGAUUGUGAGCUCGGAGCAGUGGGUGGAGUGGAUUGCGCAGUGGGGACGGAUGGAGAUGAUGGCAUCAGCUGGGCAGAAGAAAAUGAUUUUGUGGAGUUGUUUUUUGAAGAGAAAGAAGACCUUAUCAGCGAGCCAGUAAACGGUUCCAACCUCGUCUGGCCAGAGAUGCCUCAAAAUUACAUGCCUGUUGUAGCACUGGAACCUCCAGUUCCUCAGCAAGCACCACUUUCACCUCCACUGCCAUUCCUGCUGUCUGAUCACGUAAGAAACAACUUCUUACAACAUUUGCCCUCUGAACUCAGGUAUAGGUGCUUGGAGCGCAAACUACAGAAUGUAGAAGUGCUUAGAGGGAUAAGUAUGUUUACAUUUAACGGACGCCGGGCUCUGCUGUCAGACCCAUACUUGUUCAGAGCAAAGAUGGAGGACAAGGCAGUAGACACAUCUGACCUGGAAGUAGCAGACGACCCCAUGGGCCUCCACGGCAUUGAUCUCAUCACUGCUGCAUUGCUCUUUUGCCUCGGUGACUCUCCGGGAGGCCGAGGUAUCUCAGACAGCAGGUUUGUAGAUGGCUACCACAUUGAUUUUGGUACGCAGACAUUCUCCUUUCCUUCAGCCAUUCUCGCAACCAACACCAUGGUCGGGGAUAUCGCUUCGGCCUCGGCGUGCGAUCACGCCAGCCCACAGCUUUCCAACCCAAGCCCCUUCCACACUCUUAGACUGGACCUGGUGCUUGAAUGUGUGGCUCGAUACCAAACCAAGCAGCGCUCCAUGUUCACAUUUGUGUGUGGGCAGUUGUUCCGGCGGGAUGAGUUCUCGUCUCAUUUCAAAAAUGUUCACGGGGAUAUCCACGCUGGACUCAAUGGUUGGAUGGAGCAACGCUGCCCCUUGGCCUAUUAUGGCUGCACCUACUCCCAAAGACGAUUCUGCCCGUCAGUACAGGGCUUCCGAAUCAUCCACGACAGGCACCUCGGCUCUUUUGGGGUUCAGCCUGGUCAACCUCUAAAGACUGGGGUCCCAAGAAACACCUGCCACUUUGGCUCCAAGUGCGAUCAGUUCAGCGGUCUUCCAUUUGAGGUGUUGCAACAUGUAGCAAGCUUCCUGGACAGCUUCAGCUUGUGUCAGCUGUCCAGAGUGUCCCGCACCAUGAGGGAUGUGUGUGCCAGCCUGCUCCAGAUGCGUGGCAUGGUCGUCCUGCUGUGGGAGAAGAAACGGCGUGCUGAUGGGUCUCCUUCAUGGCAGAUCACAGACAAGGUGUGGAGAUUCAGCACAGCUUUCGGUACAGUGAACGAGUGGAAGUUUGCCAACAUUGCCAGCAUGGCCGACCACCUCAAAAAGUGCAAGUUCAAUACGAUUGCCCGUCGGGAGGAGGCGAUCCCUCUGCCAUGCAUGUGUUUCACCAGAGAGCUCACAAAAGAAGGGAGGUGUUUACGUUCAGUUCUCAAACCAGUAGCAUAAGCGAUCCUUUUAAUAUAAAGUGAGCUUUUUGACAUUUGAGACCAUCAGAACUCAAAUACAGAUGUAUUUUCCCCCAGUGUUUACAGAUGUUAGAAAUACCAGUCACUCCCAACCUCAAAAAGAAAAAACUCCUGGUUGGAAGUCAGAAACUGUUUGUUCUUUGCUUCACAGUGAAAGAAAAUUUUCACACCCAUAAAUAAGACAAAGCCAGUGUUGGGCCGAUUAAUUUUUCAGGCUGACAUGCUGCAAUCACAAGUCGGCACUGUAAACAAGCUGAUUGAAGAGCGAGCCUUGUAUCUUCCACUCACUGGAUUUAUGAAUACCAGUGUUGUACCCUUAUCUACUCUGACUUUGUGUAAAUAAUCAGAUGUUUUGAUGUAGGAUUUUUUAUUUUUAUAUCAAAAAGUCAGUACUGUGCUACAUUGGAGGUAAGAGUAGAGCCUUAACUUGUGAUACACUUGAUCUUCUAGUCAUGAGGUUGUUCAGAAUAUCUCGGUGAGAUUUCUCAGCUGCUUCUAGCUGGAACAGUUUACUGGUAUCUUGCACGGUUUUAUAUCUUAUCCUGAUACCUAGAGCGACCAUAUGUGUACUACUUAGAGCUCAUAGAUUUCAUGGCUUUAAUUCUCCAUUUUAAGACUGACCAAACAUCUGUUGUAGCUGUGCACAAUGUAUGCCGUUUUACAGGCCGAAUAUAUUCACUGUGGUUGUUGACUUCUGUUCACCAGCAUAAGCAUGUCACCAUCAUGUUUGGUGUUUUUUAAAUGUAGUGUGUUUUGUGGUUUGGCACAUGCUGCUCAAGUUAUAUCCAUAACAAAGGUGGUCCAUCUUUCUUGUAUCUCACUUCUGACUAAUGGGCUGGCAUGUUAGUCAAGUGAGAGAUGAAAUAACACUAUUCACCAGCCAAAUGGCAGUACUGUUUAGCUGUGGUUGGCUUGUGGUUUGUCUCUUCUACUAGCUACUUUGAUGCGUAACCAGCAAUUGUUUGUAGGUUCUCUUAUCCAAAAAAGUGUAACAACUAGUAAAACGAUGAAUGUACUCAGUGAGUUUAAGAAUCCAUCAGUGACUGUGGUUAGUGAGCAGAAAACUCUGUUUCCUUCCCUCAGUGUCAGACCUCAAAAAAACAAACCCUGCAGGCCAGGUGUUAAGAAGUAUAACGGGCACACGCUUCCCUCCAACUAAUGAACAUCACUAAUUAUGUUUAUAAUCAUUAUUUAUCAUGGUUGAAAUUUAUUUUUGGCACUCCACUGUGUUCAAAUGUUAGUGUCUCAGGGUUUUAGCAUGAAGCUUUGUCAGUAGGUGCUGACCAACACUAGCAGUGGAUUGUGUUUAGUCAAGAAAACAGCUGACAGUAACACAUUGUCACAUACUCGUCAGCUACUUGAUUAUUGUGCGGUCUUAGAACUGACUGGUGUACCGCUCAGUAUUAUUAUAACAUAAUAGUGUGUGUUGCAGUGCUGGACUAACAUAUUACAGUGCAUUCAAAAAGUAAUCACACCCCUUUCACUUUUUCCACAUUUUGUUACGUUGCAGCCUUUCAUUUUUUUUACCCUUCAUCUACUCUCAAUACCCUGGAGUGACAAAUGACAAAGUGAAAACAGGAUUUUAGAAAAUUUUUGCAAAUUUUUUAAAAAGGAAACACUGAAAUAUCACAUUGACAUUCAGACCCUUUACUCAGUACAUAGUUUAAGCACCUUUUGGUAGCGAUUACAGCCUCAAGUCUUCUUGGGUAUGACGCGACAAGCUUUGCACACCUGGAGUCCAGUCAGCAAAAAUGCUGUUUGAAUCUUGUUCGAUCAGGCUUGUCGAACACCUUUUUAAAUAUAUUUUGUGUAAUACAAAUACAAAAAUAAUACAAAAUUAGUUGAAUAUCACAAGAGUAACUGAUUACUCAUGAGGAGAAAAAUAAUGAUAUUCCUUUGAGAAAAAAAAGUGUGUUUUUGUUUGUUUUUAUAUUUCUGAAGUUUGAUGUAAAGCCCAGGCAAUGUUGGAACUAAACUGUCUUUUUAUUCUUAGGAGUCCCAAUCUGUGUUUAUUUUUUUUUUGUACUGGUACUCUCAUUUUUGAAAGAAAAAAAAUCUGCCUCUGUAACGUCUAGACUUGUAUUUGCAUUAUUGAUUUGCACAUGAAGGCAUGUACUGUAAAAUUUAAAUCCUAUUGCUCGGGGUUGUCUUUGCUCAAGUAGCAGGAGUUAAUACUCCCUCAUGUUUUGCAUGUUUGAGUUUGGUGUCUUUGGAAAAAAUAUUUCAGUCAGUUGAGUCAAGUUGCAGCCUCAUUUAUAUUAUAUACAGUUUAUUUCUCAGGCACAGUGCAUUGGUUUAGUACAUUUUCAUAUUAAGUUGCAUUUUUUUAAGUCUUGUAUCAGGUUUAAUCCUGUGAAAUGUGUGAGCAGAAUGAGAACCUGAGCAUUUAAUCAGUCUUUUGCUCUACUGAGGUUCAUACAAUGUUAAGACAAAUGUGUUUCUGCAGCACACUUCUUUUGUUUUUUAGUGAUGCAGUCGGUCUUUGCAGGCACCUGGAGUGUAUCAACAUCUUCAUCAGCGUUUUUAAGUUUUGUUUUCACUCCUGCUGAAGUGUGUUUUCACCACAAUAUGCCAGCUUCAUUUGUUUGACUUUUGAAGCAUUUUAAUAAAGAGGCUCUCAGUUUUUAAA